AUGCUGCCUAUUGUGCAAGAAGAGGAAGCCGAUGUUGUUGAUGACGCGAGUUAUCAGUGCAACGAACCUGGGUGUUCAUAUGUUUCCGCAAACUUUGAAGCACUGCAAGAUCACAUAAACUUUGGCAAGCAUGUGCUGAGUACAAAAGGCAACAAAGGAAUUUACGACAGACUUCGCCGGGAUUGGGCACACAAGUUCGCAACACUGUCCAUUGAACCCGUAAAUAGAACAUCAAACAUUCUGGUCAAAGUCUCUUAUUCGCGCCAAGAUUGGACUCCUGAGUCACGCGGGUGGGCUUUGCAGAAUCCAAGUGGAGGCGGGACGAGGUUUAGUGAGAAAGUAAAAAGCUAUCUACAAUCACGAUUUGAUACAGGAGAGCUGGCAGGUAGAAAGGCCGACACGAACCAAGUUUCUAAGGAAAUGAGAGCUGCCAGGAAUCUCGAUGGUACCCGAAAGUUCAACAGGGAAGAAUGGUUAAACAAGACAGUCAUUCUUUUCAAGGUUGGCAGCCAGGAAGCGUAAACGGCAAACAGAAGGUAAAGAAACUGCUUUAGCAGGUGAUAAUGCAGACGCAGAAAACGAGGAGCAGCUCUUGGAGGACGAAAUUGAAUUCCUGAACGAGAAACACCGAAACCAGGUCAUAGAAGAGGUGCUCGAUCAAGUGGGAUUGGUGCACCCCAUCACAUAUGAUGGGUACAACAUCUGCGAGCUAGCCAAGCUUGACAAGUUGUCACGGUUCAAAGUGAUAGAACUGAAGGAAAUGUGUAACUUUUUUGAGUUAUCUCCUAAAGCUAGAGACACAAAGCCUUUAUUAAUUGAAUGA